AUGGUAAAAAGUAGCAACGAGAAGCGCGGACUGUUGAAACAACAAUGUCAAGAGGCUCUGGCCGCCUAUAUUCACGAUCGACUUGGCCUCGUCGUCGCUCCCGGUCAGGUCCGCCUCCAGCCGCCCCCUGAGGAUGGCCUACUUGUUGAAGUCGCACCUGAGCAGCGGGAUGGUGGGUCUGUUCCAGAUUAUCAGCAAAGAGCUCGGUCGCUCGCUCGAGCCUGUCUCGCCGCCGGUCCACAGGGUCCCCAGUCUGGUCCCAGGGCCGAAGGAAAAGUUGCAGCAGAGCGGACAAACCGUGAUGGUGAGUUAGAUGUGUCCUUCACCGCCAAGCUGCACAGCCUUGAAUGUGCAAAUCACAGCUUGAGCCUUGAGUUGGAUCGCACGCGCACACGCUUGGAGAACCUAGUAGUGAAGGGCGUAGUCUUCGGGCCCAGAUUUGCGCACUCCAAACCGAACUAG